AUUGAUAUUUUAACAAAGGAGACAAGUAAAUUUUCUGUUUCAAAUCCUAAAUUCUAACCUUUUGAACAUUUCACUUUGGUUCUCAAGUCUUAAAUUAUGGAUUAUGAUUUGAGUAUGGCAAGCCAAAAAGCACAGAUCUUUAUCCUAAAUUGUCUCAUAGAAUCGUGUAGUAUUAAUUUUUCCUGAAGAAGACUGGGAGGCUACCCUCGCUUGUCUUCAGAGUGGGCUGAAUAAAGAGAUAAGCCACUUGAAAUAAUUGUAACCCUUGUGUUUGUGUCCGGAAUUAUUUAGGAGAGUGGCCAUAUAUUUAUCAUGUCUGUGCAGAAUUGGCCCGGUAUUCAUUUGAGCUCAACCCAUAAAUCAAUGAAUAGUGCAGUCUUGUUCUGGAUCUGACCGCUGCCAACUAUUUGCAUGAAAGGUAUCAUUUCAAGGAGGCUGUUUAUGAAUAAUUCACACGACCUAUAAAUUUCUGCAAUCAAUUCGGCGGGGAAAGGGGAGAAGGGGUUUGAACUCCGGAGGCUUUUUGAUCUGUGAAGUUUUUGUUUUAUUCAGCUAUACUUUCUUUCUGCAAUCUGUACCCAGUAGUACAGUUUCGUGCUUUCUAUCUCAGAGCCCAAAACCAAAGCCUUAUUGGAAGUCUCCGUUUCUCAACAUGUCUGGAGAAGAGGAAGAAAAUGCUGCUGAGCUCAAAAUCGGAGAUGAGUUUUUGAAGGCCAAGUGCUUAAUGAAUUGUGAAGUAGCAUUAAUUCUUGAACAUAAAUAUGAGCAGCUUCAGCAGAUGUCUGAUGAUCCAAUGAACCAAGUCUCUCAGGUAUUUGAGAAGUCACUACAGUAUGUGAAGCGCUUUAGCCGUUAUAAAAAUCCUGAUGCUGUUAGACAAGUUCGAGAAAUUCUUAGCCGGUAUCAGUUGGCUGAAUUUGAGCUAUGUGUUCUUGGCAACCUUUGCCCUGAAACUGUGGAGGAAGCUAUUGCCAUGGUGCCUUCUAUUAAGACAAAAGGACGGGCCCAUGAUGAUGAGGCAAUUGAGAAAAUGUUGAACGACUUAUCAUUGAUCAAGAAAUUCGAAUAGGGGAAGCAACUUCUUCAUGCCAUAUCAGUUUUAAAUGGGAACAGCUACUUACAUCAGAAAUCCAAAGUUCGACAUUGUUUGUGUACUUUGAUAUUAAUGCAACAUGAGAAUAUAGAUUUCAAUGCUAAUUUUUAGGCAGCUUUAACCUGCAUUAAUGCAUGAUAAAGAAAAACUUGCAUAAAUGCGUUAAAAAUUGUAUGGUGUUUUGGCAUUCAUGAAGGGGCAGAGAAGAUUGUGCUCAAAUUAACAGUUCUUUAUUUCGUGUUCAA